UGAGUUUGUUUACGGGGAGGGCGCUAGUGAGUGACACGGAUUUAACCCACCACAGAACUGUACUGUGAAUUUAACCCUGUGCGUGACAUACAUACCAACUCUACCCCGACAACAUCUCAAAACUGAGCAAGCAUUGCGCCCCGCGAAAUGGGUGAUGAAAAGCAAAAGGGGCUGAAAACAUAUGUGGAGCAAUCGGCAUGAUGGACGCUAUUUAACAGUAAACCAGGAUUCUGACGAUUGGAAGAGCCCACCUAUUCCCCUAUUCUGUGUUGUGGUUGGAUAGCGAAGGCGGAUGUAGCUUCAAUGGUCGUGUUUUCAAGAAGAUGUUGUAAUAACUGGCUGUCUAUAAGUAAUCCGACGAAGGAACCCAUUUGGAUGAGGACCUCCGAAAAUCUUUGGCUAAUGACUGGUGGGGCCAGCAAGCAUAGUGGAGCGACUUUGAUCACUGCCGGGCUGGAGCUUGCUAGUUAGGCGCAGAGGAUUGAUUGUUAUACUAAGGAUAUCAGCUGCAACUGUACCCACAACAAACAUUUUGCUAGCGGACAAGCUAGACAUUGACUGUGCGAUUGAUUAUUAGCUUAAAAAAUAUGAGUAUUGACAAAAAAGGUUUAUUGUGACACUGGUGGUUCCACAAUCGUUUCGCAGUCUUGUUAUGAAAAGCCUUUCGUGGUAAACAGCUGCUACUGCGAGCUAAACGUGUCUAGUGAUACGUGGCUAGACUUAUUUAUUACGCUAACCUUAGCUGUCAGACAAUUGAUGAUCCAUUUUAAACCGGUCUUGUGGAAUGAAGCUACGGAACAAUUAGUCUAGAGGAAUUGUGGUGUUCGAGAUAGUAGGUAGCUAGCUAAUCAAGAACAACUGCUUGUCUAUCUCAUUAGCCAACUCGACAACUGUCAGCAUGGUGAGGAGAAGCUGCUGGAAAUCCAGACACAAGCCAGGGUCUUGCCCCAUUUCGACUGGUUUCAGAACCGGGUUAGUGGCUGUAUGUUUAUGGCUUUGUGCGACCAGCUGUGGGUGCUCUGGGAAAGUGGUACAAAAAGAUGCGGAGUUCGACAUAACCUACAACGACACAGUAACAAGCGACAUCCAAGCUAUCUACGCCUUCAACCACACCGUGUCUCGGAAUAAGACGGAAGGGGUGCGGGUGUCAGUGGACGUACUGGCUAGUGGGGUGGAGAGCCCCAUCCUCUUUGUGGUGCGGCAGAAGCAGGCGGUGGUGUCCUUCCAGGUCCCCCUCAUUCUGCGUGGCCUGUACCAGAGGAAGUACCCCUACUCCCAUGUGGGGCGAACCCUGUGCCAGCCGCCUACGCAUGCCGCCACCGAGACGCAGUUCUUCUUCGUGGACGUCUCGACCCUGUCCAGCGUGAGCACCCACUACCAGCUCCGAGUCAGCAGAGUGGAUAGCUUCACCCUGCAAACAGACAAGAAGUUCAUCUUCAUCGCUACCCCAUCCCAACCCCAGUUUUUCAAGUACGUGUUCCCCGAGGGCGUGGACACGGUCAUCGUGAAGGUGAACUCCCAGAUGACGUUCCCCUGCUCGGUUAUGUCCAUCCAGGACAUCCUGUGCCCAGUGUAUGACUUGGACACCAAUGUGGCCUUCAUUGGCAUGUAUCAGACAAUGACAAAGACAGCUGCCAUCACAGUACAGAGGAAGGACUUCCCCAGCAACAGUUUCUACGUGGUUGUCGUGGUGAAAACGGAGGACGAGGCGUGUGGCGGUCCCUUGAGGUUUUACCCCCUGCGGCCUGAUGAGCUGAUCGAUGCUGGGAAUCGCAGUAAGGAGCUGGAUGUAGUGGUCUCUCCUGCCAUCAACUCGGAGGUGUAUGUGAUGGGGAUGCUGUUUUGCCUGGGGAUCUUCCUCUCCUUCUACGUGCUCACCUUCCUGGUGGCCUGCGUGGAGAACAAACGGACGCACAGGAAGAGAGACGGCCUCCUCAACACUCCAGACAUGUCGCCAGCGGAGACAGCCUCUCUGCUCGGAAAGGGCGUGGCACCUACAUCCCCCUAUGAGUACGGCUCAUUCGCGGAUAACGGCAGUACGCUGAGUUCGGAGGCCAUCACAGACAGUAUGGCGUCGGCAGACACUAACUACGGAUACGUGGGACAGGAAUCCUUCAAACGCAGACCAAUCCCAAUGCAUCACUACGUAGCCCUCCACUUUGAGAGAUCUAUGGAGCACGUGGGGCGUGCCAGACAGGAGUCUCUCAGCUCAGUCGAGGAGGACGACUACGACACGCUGGCCGACAUCGACUCCGACAAGAACAUCGUCCGCACCAAGAAGUUCCUGUGUGUGUCUGACCUUGCUCGCAAAGACAAAAGAGUCCUAAGCAAGAAAUACCAGAUCUAUUUCUGGAACAUCGCCACCAUCGCCGUCUUCUACGCCCUCCCUGUGGUUCAGCUGGUCAUCACAUAUCAAACGGUGGUGAAUGUAACAGGAAACCAGGACAUCUGUUACUACAACUUCCUGUGUGCACAUCCGCUUGGUGCUCUGAGUGCCUUCAACAACAUCCUCAGUAACCUGGGCUACGUGCUGCUGGGUUUGCUGUUUCUCCUGAUCGUGCUGCAGCGAGACGUCGUCCACAGCAGAGCCCUGAUGCGCAACGACCUGGCUGCCCUGGAGUGCGGGAUCCCCAAACACUUUGGGCUGUUCUACGCCAUGGGCACCGCCCUCAUGAUGGAGGGGUUACUGAGCGCCUGCUACCAUGUCUGCCCCAACUACACAAACUUCCAGUUCGACACCUCCUUCAUGUACAUGAUCGCGGGGCUGUGCAUGCUGAAGCUGUACCAGAAGAGGCACCCCGACAUCAACGCCAGCGCCUACACUGCCUACGCCUGCCUGGCCGCCGUCAUCUUCUUCUCCGUGCUGGGCGUGGUUUUUGGGAGGGGGAAUACAGUGUUUUGGAUCGUCUUUUCCGUCAUACACAUCUUGGCCACCAUGCUGCUCAGCACCCAGCUGUACUACAUGGGCCGCUGGAGACUGGACUCUGGAAUCCUGAGGAGAGUGCUGUAUGUGAUCUACACAGACUGUAUCCGCCAGUGCAGCGGGCCCAUGUACAUUGACCGGAUGGUGCUGUUGGUGAUGGGAAACAUUGUUAACUGGUCACUGGCUGCCUAUGGGUUGAUUGAGAGGCCAAAUGACUUCGCCUCCUACCUGCUGGCCAUUGGCAUCUGCAACCUGCUGCUCUAUUUUGCCUUCUACAUCAUCAUGAAGCUCCGCAGCGGUGAGCGGAUCCAGUGUCUGGCGCUGGUGUGCAUCCUCUUCACUGCGGUGGUCUGGGGAUUCGCUUUGUUCUUCUUCUUCCAGGGCCUCAGCACCUGGCAGAAAACCCCAGCUGAGUCACGCGAGCACAACCGCGAGUGCAUCUUGCUCUCCUUCUUCGACGACCACGACAUCUGGCACUUUCUCUCCUCCAUUGCUAUGUUUGGCUCCUUCUUGGUUCUCCUAACAAUGGAUGAUGACCUGGACAAUGUGCAGAGAGACAAGAUCUACGUCUUCUGAGGGAAAUCCGCUUUACUUUUCUCACACUGGCUAAGAGUGACCCAGAGGCAAGGGAGCCUGCUAUAGGGCAGCUUUGCUGACUGUUGGUGGGGGGCCACACCCCUCCCCUUCUCACAGCCAAUCAAAGAGAUGGUGGGGGGCGUGAGACCUUGUGUCCCAGCGAGAGUCCGUGUGUGGACACUUGUCAUGUGCCAAGCAAUGAGACUGGGUCACAAAAAGAGUGCUGGAGUUCCUCCUAUCGCCUUUGCUCUUAACUGUUUAUUGUUGGUGAAGAUAGCAACACUCAUAAUGCUGAUAUUAAUGUUCUUAACCGUUAAUCUCAUAUCGCAUCUGAACUGAUCGUCCGUUUGCCGUCCCUGUUGGAAAAUCGCUGGACUUUUUUUAUGUGUAUGUUUACAACGUGCGUGCCUGUGUGUGCGUGUGUGUGACAGGGAGAGGGUGUGUGCUUGAAUGUGCUCGAUGUUCAGUGCAUCAGUGGCCUUCAAUGUUCUGAGCAAACAGUUUACCCAUGAUUCUGUGCAACACUGUCCGUGGAAUGGGAGUGGACCUUAACAGAUUGGGAGAGGUGAUGGUAUUUCAAGACAAAUGUUCCAAGUUGGCGAGAAAAUAUAUUUUGCACUGUAUGGAAAGAAUUUAAAUGAACUCAUUUUAAAAUACAUGACUUUAUGAAGAAGUUACUAAAUAAAGUUUUUCAAUACCUAA